UUACUUCCUGGUUACGAUUCAGAGACACAAGGAAAUUUGGCAUAUUUCAGAAAAUUUCAAAUAUUUGUUGUAUCUCCUGUAACUUUAUACAGACGCCGUCAAUAUCAUCGGAAGUUUAUUAAUAAUCCUUUGAAAACUAUAAUAAUCCGAUGGUGACUUAGAAAUGAAUGACUUUUGGGAAAAGUGAGGACGUGCUUCACAGUGCACUGUGUCACGUCACAGCUGCAUCAACCCUCUUAUCUCAAUUAAACAUUAGACCCUGUGCAAGCACAGCAGAAACACCCCCUGGACCUUAGAGAUUUGUGCUCUCCGAAAGGCAAAAUGACUGCGUCAAACUGGGGUCUGAUCAUGAACGUUGUAAACAGCAUCGUGGGUGUGAGUGUUUUGACGAUGCCCUUCUGCUUCAAACAGUGUGGAAUUGUUUUGGGUGCUUUGUUGCUGUUCUUCUGUUCGUGGAUGACCCAGCAGUCCUGCAUGUUCCUGGUCCACUCAGCCAGUAACACCAAACGUAGAACUUAUGCUGGACUGGCUUUUCAUGCUUAUGGAAAACCAGGCAAGGCUCUUGUGGAAUUGAGCAUGAUUGGCCUGAUGCUGGGGACAUGUAUUGCUUUCUAUGUUGUCAUUGCAGAUCUGGGGUCCAACUUCUUUGCCCGGCUGCUUGGCAUGGAGGUAACAUGGAGCUUCCGUAUCGUGUUACUAAUCGCGGUGUCAUUGGUUAUCGUGCUGCCCCUCAGCUUACAGAGAAACAUGAUGUCAUCCAUCCAGUCCUUCUCAGCCAUAGCGCUGAUCUUCUACACACUGUUCAUGUUCACGAUGGUGCUCUCCUCCUUCAAACAUGGCCUCCUCACUGGUCAGUGGCUGAACAAGGUCAUUUACGUUCGGUGGGACGGCGUCUUUCGCUGUAUCCCUAUCUGUGGCAUGGCAUUUGCCUGUCAGUCGCAAGUAUUACCAACAUACGACAGCCUGGAUGAGCCCUCGGUGAAGAGAAUGAGCACAAUAUUCACCUCCUCACUCAACGUGGUCACCACCUUCUACAUCACAGUGGGAUUCUUCGGUUAUGUGAGCUUUACAGAUAACAUAGCUGGGAAUGUACUGAUGAACUUCCCAUCCAACCCAGUGACAGAGAUGAUCCGUGUUGGCUUUAUGAUGUCUGUAGCUUUGGGCUUUCCCUUGAUGAUCCUGCCUUGCAGACAGGCCAUCAACACCAUGCUAUUCGAGCAGCAGCAAAAGGACGGCACCUUCGCCGCAGGUGGAUAUAUGCCACCCAUUCGCUUCAAGAGCAUCACUCUUUGCAUCGUCUUUGGCACCAUGCUGGGUGGCAUCCUCAUUCCUAACGUGGAGACCAUCCUGGGUCUAACUGGAGCCACAAUGGGUAGUCUGAUCUGCUUCAUCUGCCCAGCUCUCAUCUACAAGAAGAUCAUGAAGAACGCUUGGACUGCACAGCUGGUUCUGUGGGUUGGUCUCGGGAUCCUGCUUAUUAGUACCUUCACCACACUGUCCAUUUCCAACAUUGAGCCGCAGAAAUUCAAACCCCCUCCGGUCGUCGGCCCAAAAGCUGAGGACAAACUUCCCAUCCUUGUCGCCCCCGAGCUGCCAAAAGUGCCUGUACAAGAGAAUGGCGUGGAGCCUGACCCAGGACAGAUGCCGGACAAGCCCAAGCUUCCUAAAGAGUUCGAACAGCCAGUGGAGAAGGCACCAGCUGAGCCUGCUCAGAUUAAAGUACCUGUGGAAGUGAAUGAUCAAAAAAAUAAGAAUGAAGAGGUUCAGCUGGAUCGUCCUGAAGCAGGUGUAGCUGUCCCAAAUGGGGAAGCCCACCGCCAUGAACCACCCAUCCCUCAUGAUAAAGUUCAGAUAGAUGAGAUCAAAAACCAGAAGGAGCUUGAAGAGGAGAAGAACCAACCUGCUAUUCAGGAGGAAGACAAGAAACAACCUGCCAGAGAGGAGGAGGAGCUGCUUGUUGAACAAGGGGCGGGGCAAGCACAAGAGAUAGACCAAGAAGCUGGGAAAGAGGAGCAACCUCUUGAUCCAAAGGGGAAAAAGGGAGUGGAUCAGGUUCAGCUUGAAGCCAAUGAGGCUUUGGAGAAGGCAGAGAAACCAGAGGAUCACAAGAAGGUUGAACCGGUAGUGGUGGUCGUCCAUAAAGAACCAGAGAACCUGCCUAUAGUGGAAGAAGAGCAUGCUGAGAAUGAAGCCGCCAGAGAGAAGAAACCAGAAGAGAUGGACAAAGCACCUGAAGCUCAAGCUGAGAAAACAAAGGAUCAGGUUCCUGUGCAAGAGCAGAAGGAAGAGAAAGUUCCAGAUUCAGUUAAGGAUAGAGAUGGAGACAAGAUGGAAGAGCCUUGGAAUGUCACAGAGUCAGAGGGUCAGUUGGACCAUGCUAUGCUGCUGGAGGUAAUUAAGCAGCAACAAGAACAGCAGAAAAGGCUUCUGGACCAGCAGGAGAAACUCCUGGCUGUGAUUGAGGAACAGCACAAGGAGAUCCACCAAAUAAAAGAAGAUGACGAACCAAAGGCAGCAGAACAGCAGAAAAGGCAGGAGGAGAAACAUGUGCCUGUGAUUGAGGAGUACAAGGAGGACAAUCAAAUAAACAAAGGAGAAGAACCAAAGGCUGCAAUAUUGGAGUUGGAAAACAAUUUGCAGAGGCAGCUGGAUGGAAUGAAGGGGGCAGUGAAGCCUAAAGUUGCAGUCGUUGCUCCAGAACAAUUCCAGCAACCCCAGGGAGAGCCAGGCCAUGUAGCUGCAGCUGUCGCAGGGCCUGAGGAACCUGCUCCCAAAGAACCUGCAGUGGCUCAGGUUGCAGUCGGGGUUCCCCACAAUGUCAUUGAAUCAGCGCAAGGUGGAGGUGUUGCAGUUCCCAAACAGGAGGGUCUGGAAUCGAAAAACCAAGAAGGCCUCAACAUGCCAGUGCCUGCAGAUAAUGCAGUGGAAAGGGAGCUUGGUGCACGAGGUGUUCCACUGCAUCAACGUGAGCCGGAGCAACCCAUAAUCAAUCCUGACGCUCUUGCGGAGGAGGAGGAAAGGGUCAAACAAAAAUUAGCCCAACUGGAAGCAGAGAAGGAGCGGAUUGAGAAAGAAAGGUUUGAGAAGGAGAGGAUUGAGAAGGAGGUCCAGGCCCGUGUGGAAAAAGAGCGCAAAGACAGGGAAAGACGAGAGGAACUGGCACGCGAGCAAGAGCUGGAACUUGUGCGACAAGAGAAGGAGCGAUUAGAGAAGGAAAGGCUUGAAGCUGAGAGGUUGAAAGAGAUGACAGAGAAGGAGAUCAUGGAGCGUGCUGAGAAGGAAAAAAGUUUGCUCGAGCAUAUGGAAAGGUUAGACCAGUUAAAGCAGGUCAUUGACGCCAAUAAAGAGGAUGUCGAACUCCCCAAAGAUGAACUUCCACAGAAGCCUAAGAAACAAGGAGGCAGGGAUUUGAAAGAGAACAUAGUCCUGCCAGAGGAGGAGAAGCCGAAAAAAGAGAAGAGGAGCAGAGAGGAUGGAGGGAUGGAUCUUAGGAGGCGGCGCAGGGCUGUGGACCCUGAAAGAGCUGAUCUGGAUCUUCUACGGGACUGUCCAGACUUACAAACUUCCCUUGAGGAACAUCUGCUGACUGGGGUUCUGGUACACUCACGCCAACUUAAAAAAAUAAUCCAGAAUAAGGAGAAUGAAGAGUAGGUUUCUCCAGAAUGAUGAUCUGACAUCUUACCUGUGCAAAUUCAUAGUUGACAUGAAGUCUUCUAAACUCUGUAGCCUGUCACCAUACUUCUAAAAUGGACAGGCAGACAUGCAUUCUCAAAUAAGUAGGAAAUGACUUGACUGCACCCUUUUUCUCCUCUUCAUCUAAGACUUUAUUAUUUCUUAAAGGUUUGUGACGACAAUGGCACUUUGCUUUGAUCCUUAAGUGUUACACAGGGACUACUGAAUACAUAGUCCCAAGUGAGGUUCAUUAUUGUUUUAUGUGAGAUUUUGCUGAAUCUUUUGCAAUAAACUGAAUGUCUUCUGUAAUAAACUGAGCAGGCAUCAUGUUAAAAAUGGCCUUGAUGGGCACAGCAGCUUUUCAGAAUAUUGAGUUUUGGACCAUUGCAUAGAAGAAAGAAACAUGUGCUCCCCCUUGUGGUGGAUAUGCUUGAUUUUUAUGCAAAGUUUUAAAAUGUAAUAUGUUUAAGUUUACCACCUGUAAAUUAAAGUCAAACUCUGAUAGUUUUUCAGUUUAAAGAAGAUAUGUUGAUGUCAGCCAUACAAUCAAUGUGAGACAUGGUUUUAAAAAGAAAUGAAGCUUUUAUCAAUUGUAUUACCUGGUUCGUCCCACUAGGAACUCUCAAACCAUUACCUGUUUUGCAGUGAUUUCAGUCUGCUAUUCUGUAUAAUGUACCUGGAGUGUAAAUGUUACCUUGGCUAACAUCAGGUUCAAUGCUCCGUCCAGUUGGUUAACAUAGGACAAAUCUCAUAUCAGGACAUUUGCUUAACAUGUUGUUAUCACGCUACAAUAUCUGUGUUUUUUCAAGUGUAGCCUACUUUUGCUAAGAAGCAUCAGACUUUUGGGUGUUUAGAGACUUUGAAUUGGAAAACUUGGAUUUAAGGUUUAAAUAUUCUGAAACAUCAAGAGAAGUUUACAAAUGAUUAUUUUUAUUGUUCCAAAGUCCUUUUGUAAAAUAUUUGUAUUUUUUCAUUGUUUUCUAAUUUAAUUUAUGCCCUUUUGAAGAAGUGUCUUUGUUUCUAUGUUGGUCCACAUUUUGCCUCCAAAUAUUCAACUGAUAAUUCUGUGUAAGCUAUCAAGCCUUCUUUAAAUUAUUGUCUUGGAAUUCAAGAUGUUUUAACUGAUGAUAAACAUGAUAUGUCGAUAGCUUUGAAAAUACUGUAGAAUUGUGCAUAGGGUUUCUACUUCUGGUUUGUUUUUAAUAUUUCUAGCUUGUCUGCAACCCUGUAUUGUCACUUCAAGAAAGUACUAAAUCUUUCUAUGAUGACUUUCUGGUCAGUGCCUUGUGGUUUAAUGUUGUGCAGUGAUGUGUAUGUGAGGUCUGUAACCCACACUGUGUGUGGAUUUUGUCUGUUUUCCAUACUGUGCAUCUUAUAUACCUUGCUGGUUAAACUAGCCCGGGUAAUAGACUUGAUACAUUUCCUGAUCUCACAUUUUGGGAUCUUUCAUUUACUAUUUCCAAAAAAAUAAAAUGUGGUAUGAGGUCACUAGACCUUCAUUCAAUACCGCUUUAUCAAUGGUCUGUAAGGUGGUUUGCAUUCCCAUAUACAAUUGUUGAAAAGUUACAAGAGGAUUUGUAGAAAAUUAAAGCACAACUCGUUAUUUUUUGCAAAUAGAAGAGGAUGAGACCCUCAUUUCUUAAGAGCGGUUUAAUGUAAACAUUAAUAUUUUUGUUAGUAAUUACAUUUUUAAAGUUUGCUCUGUAAUUGGGUUAAAUUAAUAAAAUUAUUUAUAACAGCAGCUCUUUGUGAAAUAUUCUUUGUGUUCUCAACACUUGCUUUCAUUAUAAACCUGGUUGAUGUGCAUAUUUUUUCAUCAUAGCAUUAAAAUUAUAUAGAUGUAUCAGGAACGUGUAUAUUUCUGCCGGUAGUCUCAGCCUUUUAAUCACCCUUUUCUUUUUUUGCAGUCCACUUAAAUGGUUUUGCAUUGUAAUAUAGAAAAAUGUUUUAAAUAUUUUGAGAUGGAGUAAAUCAUGUCAUGCUGCUGUACAGGUCAUGUAAAAUUCAUGAAAACCAGAGGCUUGAUACAAGAGAUCAAGGCAUUGUAUGGUAAUUUAACAGCCAGUGUGGGCAGGUACUGAUCGUCUGCAUAACCAACUUCCAGUGUCAGCAAUGCGAGACAAAAACACCCCAUACCCAUUAGGUUUUAUAGCCAAUUUGGACCAAACACAAGCAUUUCCACAAGACCAGUCUCUUUCUAUUAACACCUUGUAGAGCACUGAAAAUGUGUGAAUGAACCCCAUAUGAAGGACAGCCAUGAACAAUGAUUGUGAUUUAAGCAUAACCUGUAGCAUGUGCUUUUCUUAAACUGGGUUUUACUUUGCCAGCCACUUGUUCGCCCUUCCUCUAAUUGGCAAGUUGAAUUGUUUGUUGAUCCAAAGUCGUUAGUGGCUACCUUUAUGGCCCUUCUAUCAUUUAACAUCUGGCUGUUGACGCCACAGAUUGUACAGAAAGGGGUGCAUUUAACAGUUGCACAGCUUUACGUCCUAUACGAGAUGACUAAGAACCCAUAAUCUUGUGUGGUGCCAGUGACAUGCACCCCGUGGCUACACAUCAAUCAGCUGGGCUUUCAUGUUUUGCCCCACUUUUGUCUGAUUGGAAACAAAAGCCCAAAAGAACGGCAUUCUAGGUUUCAGGAGCAAGUCCAAACUUGGAACCUGACUCAAAACUGAUCUGCAAUCAGUGAUCAAGGCCGUGAUAAUGACCAACCAUCAUGUGACACCUCAUAUAUCAUUCUGCCACUCGCCCAGCAAAUAUCAACUCCAAACAACAUGGAAUGGCUGGUUAUCAUUAGUCUGUCCCUUUAAUUCUGAUAUACGCCAUUGAUAAAUGAAAACAGCUUUAGAAUGAUGCAGAUGGUCAUAUAACUCAGUCCAAAUUGCCAAGUUAUAAAUAAACUUGGGACAUUGUGCCUUAAAAGAGAAAUAUAAUGUAUUUUAGUUCAGUUUUCAUUAAACAGAUUGAUUGUGCUUAAGUGUGGAACACAAUUAUGCAUUUCAAACCCACUACUACAAAUAUGUAGUUUGCAUAUGUAUAUAUAAAGCGAAAUUGAAAGUAAACAAAAAAAAGGAUAUUUAUCACCAUAUUUUCUUUUAUGGCUAAUUAUAACCAACACUGUCAAUGUUAAUAUUUGCCAUUUUUGCAUAAUAUUCUUCAC